GACCCCGUGGUUUAACGGGUGGGGCUUCAACCUGCCCCGAGGACAGUCUCUGCUGGAUAAGUGGAACCAGGUCCCCGAGGGCGUCGACAUCCUCAUGACCCAUGGCCCGCCCCUUGGCUUCAGGGACUGGGUUCCUAAGGAUCUGCAGAGGGUGGGCUGCGUGGAGCUGCUGAACACGGUGCAGAGGAGGGUGAGGCCCAAGCUGCACGCCUUCGGAGGCAUCCACGAAGGCUACGGCAUCAUGACGGACGGCUUCACCACGUUCAUCAAUGCCUCCACCUGCACCGUCAGCUUCCAGCCUACCAAUCCCCCCAUCGUGUUCGACCUCCCCAACCCCACCAGCUCCUGAGACUGACCCCUGACCCCUGACCCUGGCUGGGGGAGGAGGGGGGUGGAGGGGGAGGAGGGUGGAGGGGGGUGGUGAGAGCCAGAGUAAACUACCAAGUUUUCUUUUCUAUCAAGUCAGAAGAUUUCUGCUGUUUCUUAAAAAAAUGGUUGGUAUCUUGUAAAGCUGUGGGGGGGGGGGGGAGGGAGGAGAGGGGGGAGGGAGGAGAGGGGGGGUCUACAUAGUUAAACAGUCUGGCUGUUAAGAAAAAUCAGUUGGAUCUGUAAGAUAAAACAACGCUUUGUGAAUUUGUUAAAUUUUAUUUUAGCGGUUUGUGUUUGUGUUGCCCGGACACUUGGGUAUUGGACGCCAAUGUUUAUUUGUAUGAUCUUAGUGUUUCUUUUUACGUUACUUUUUUUAGUUUUAUUCUCUGGAUAUUUCUGUCCAGUUCUGCUUUCUUAUUGGCUGACAGGGCCGCUGCCUUAAACUAGCUUAAACGUUGUCAGCUAGAGCCUCUCUUCUCUGCUCGGAGAGCCAUCGUUCUUAUUUAUUACCCAGAAUCCUCCACUCACCAAACACAGAGCGAUAUCCGCUACCUAGCAAAGGCUGUCAGUUCUCCUUCAGUGAUCAAUUUGGAAGAAAAAAAAGCCUCUCUAUAUAUAUUAUAUUAUAUAUAUAUAUGUUCUUCAACAUCUGUACUUAUAGUUGUUUGUGUUGGUUGAAAGCUUUUUUUUUUACGCGUGUACGAUGGUAUGAUCUCUGUUAAUUUGCCAUCAGAUGUUUUCUUACUGUUUGGUUAUCUAAUCCCAUCAUAGCUUAGAAGUUUGUCUUGGACAGGAAAUGAUGUCUUGGACAGGAAAUUAUGUCUUGGACAGGAAGUGAUGUCUCGUUUUCAGGCUUGUAUCCUGAGCAGACAGGCGAUGGUCGUCUUCUUCUUCUGUGCGACACGCUUGCCUGAACUUGGUUAAGUCGUCUUUUUAAACCGUGGAUCUGACAGUGUUUUUUAUUGUUUUUUUCUUUCUAAUUUUGCACUGUGUAUAAAUGCAAUCUUGCUCGCACAAAAAAUGUUGCCAACAGUCUCAACUUUGCCGCUGUAAAUGCUCCUUUAAUGCUCUCUAUCUCUCUCUCUCCUUCUCUCUCCAUGUCUAUCUCUCUUCAUCUCUCCUCUCUCUCCAUCCCUCUCUUCAUCUAUCUCUCCUCUCUCCAUCUCUCCAUCUCUCCAUCUCUCCAUCUCUCCUCUCUCUCCAUCUCUCCAUCUCUCCCUUCUCCAUCUCUCCUCUCUCUCCAUCCCUCUCUUCAUCUAUCUCUCCUCUCUCCAUCUCUCCAUCUCUCCUCUCUCCAUCUCUCCUCUCUCCAUCUCUCCAUCUCUCCUCUCUCUCCAUCUCUCCAUCUCUCCUCUCUCCAUCUCUCCUCUCUCCAUCUCUCCUCUCUCUCCAUCUCUCCCUUCUCCAUCUCUCCUCUCUCUCCAUCCCUCUCUUCAUCUAUCUCUUCUCUCUCCUCUCUCCAUCUCUCCUCUCUCUCCAUCUCUCCUCUCUCCAUUUCUCCUCUCUCCAUCUGUAUCUGUUUCUCUCCAUAUAUAUACUAUAUAUCUUUCUCUCUCUGUUAGUCUCCCUUUUCUCAGAAGGGUUAGGCCUGCUCUGUCAGUUUAUUGUGAUAUAUUUAGCUGCCUUUAUAUGCAAAUAAAAUUGCAAGAUUUUUACUUAAAAA